AUGGACCAAACAAUCCGCGUCGCCGUCGCCGUCUACGUCUUCAACAAACACGGACAGACCAUUCUCGGCCAACGCAAGGGGAGUCUCGGCGCCGGUAUGUCUUACUCUCCAUUUCACCCAACUGCUACAGCAAUUUCAUCCUACUUAAGACAUCACUCUAACCCAUUGGAAGGAUCAUGGGGCCACCCCGGGGGCCACCUCGAAUUCAACGAGACAUUCGAAGCCUGUGCAGCUCGCGAGGUUCUCGAGGAAACAGGCCUCGAAGUAACUGAUAUACGCUUUCUCACAGCUAUUAAUAAUGUUAUGCUGGAGGGAGGGAAACAUUACGUUACGAUUUUUGUGGGCUGUAGGCUUGUGGACGAGGAUGCGGAGCCUGUGGUAAUGGAGCCUGAGAAAUGCGUCCGCUGGGACUGGGUUACUUGGGAUGAGAUGAAGGCGACUAUUGAGAGGCAAAGGGAAGCAGAGCGGUUGGGGAAGAUGGAGGAGUUUGAGGGGAGGGUGCUGUUUAAGCCGAUUUUGAAUCUUUUGCAGCAGAGGGUGGGAUUUGAUCCGUUGGAGAUUUAUCAAUCUGUUGGGCGGUCUUGA